AACAAAUCCGCAAAAUUGCACAAGUAAUAUGUACGGUGUUAUAACAUUUUCGAUGCACACAAAUGAAUCAACGGAACUCAAGUUGUUACAGGUUUAUGAUGGUAAUAAAUGGAUCCUGAAUGAAUCGAUUGAGAUCGUUGAUAGUGCUAAUUUACUUGAAGAUAAGUACAUCAAAGUGGAACUAGUAACCCGGGUGAAAUUUAACCGAAUGUUUAGGAUAUUAGUCACGUGCUCAGAUAACAUGACAUUUCUUCUGUACUAUGUAAUUUCACAAGGAAACAUGGUUGAGUUUGGUUCUUUUAGACCAAACCAAACGAACAGAUACACAUUUCAAGUGUUGAUGUCUGAUAAGCUUAUUCCUCGAUCGACAAUCAUAGUCUUCACAAUUGUGCGUCAAUUUUUGGUAUAUGACAACGUGGAACUAUCUAUCAACGACUUUGGUAAUCCGCUCGAGAUAAAAAUCGAGGAAAACAUCAGCGAAGAUGGUGUUGAUCCCGGGGAUGAAAUUGAGUUAGGCAUCCGCGGUCGUCCAGGAGCGUUCGUGGCAUUGGCAGCGUAUGACCAACGUUUGAUGCAGCACAGUGGGGAUCAUGAUAUCUUUUUUGCAGAAGUAUGGGAAAUGUUUUAUAAGCUUUAUCCUUCAUUUCAUUACGUACAUGAAAUAAAGCCGGUAAGUAUAAUUAAAUUGUCUGACCUAAUUUUCCACAAGAUUCUACAAUUUGCCCAACAAUACUGUUCUCAAAGGUCCUUGGAAGAUUUGUAAUCGUUACUGAUACACAAUCACAGUUCCAGGCAAGUCCAAGCGAUAGAGAACUAACAAAUAACUAAAGAAUUUAAUAAUGAUCAUGCAUUUUAGUUUAUUUUGACUAUGAGCCACGCGGAAUCUAUCCAGAUGCUCCUCGUUUCGGUAUGCCUGGACCCUACAGAACCGACUUUUGGGAGUCGUGGUUGUGGCAGAAUCUCACUAUACCUCCAUCAGGAAGGGCCGAGCUUGUAGUGACAGUGCCUCAUUCAACAACCUCUUGGUAUAUUAUUGGGAUUUCAAUUGAUCCUAAAUAUGGUUUGGGUGUUGUGAAGAAACCGAUCACAUUUUCGACUGUUAAAAUCCUCUACAUUUUGGACCAUUUGCCACAUUCGAUCAAACGGGGCGAGACGGUUUCCCUGCAUUUUACUCUUUUCAGCUCAAUGCAAGAAGUGUUUGAGGCCACCGUGACAUUGUUUAAUGCAAAGAAUGAAAUUGAGUUUAUCGAUCGUCCUGCAGAAGAUGCGUAUGAAACGAAAAGUGUAUUGGUUCCUCCAAAUUCUGAUGCACCUGUCUCGUUCCUAGUAAAAGCAAUGAAACUAGGAGAGUUGGAAAUCAGGGUGAAUGCAUCGAUCAUGCAAGGAGUAAUCUCCGAUAGCUUCAAGAAAAUCGUGAUGGUACAUCCGGAAGACGUAGUGAUUCUGAGGUCAAAACGAAUACGAUUCAAUCGUGAUAACCUUUCAGAUCAAUUCUACAUUCCGCUUUUAAUAGACAACAAGGUAGCAGAGGACGACAUACCAGUUGAGUUAAUUGUUUAUCCUGAUCGGCAAUCUUUAAAGGAUCUUAAAAUCGUUUAUCAUGUAUUACUUCAUUAUGAUCGCGAUGAAGAACUGAUGCAUGUAAAUUCGAAUUUCAAUGAGAAUAUCACGAUAACAUCCAUUCCAGUAAUAUGGGAUCCAUUUAAUCUUAACGGCAUAAUUCCUCAGAAAUUUUCAGUGACCGUUACGAGUACAGGGUUAGGAGCGAUUCAGAUCAACUGGCAAUACCGUUUAAAUUUGAUCUACUUUGAACCCCGUUUCAACCUACAAAUUACCAAACUAUCGACUUCCUCUCAGUGGAUGAAGGAGCUGCAUAUUUGCUGCAGCUUCAUUCCGGAAGAUAGAGACGAUCAUUCAAAUGGAGCAAUUAUAGAAGUGAGUAUCCCAAUCGGCUUCGUGAUGGAAAACUACACUGUAGAUGAGAAACCAACUAUCAAUCCCAUCGGUAAAAUUGACGUACUACAUGAUGGAACAACGGUGAUCGUACACUACAACUAUGUUGGUAAAGAGACGACUUGCUUUAGCGUAUUUGCAUACAGAAGGUAUAAAAAUCGUGUGAGGCACCCUUCUUAUAUCAAGGUGCAGGAUUCUCACCGCCCAGAGCUGAAUGCAGUGAAGAAGUUCGAUUUCCAUUAGUUGAAGAUGAAACUUGUUUACGUCUCCAGUACAUACGAUGGCCGCUGAUAAAAUACAUGCAAAUACAUUUAUUUAA